AGUGACGGUUUCUCUGUUUUGACGAGUCCGUGCUAGCCGGAAGUUGCUCGGGUCUGCAGUCUGCAUUCGUUGGCUGCUUGUCUUGUUUUGCUUCUUUGCCAUGAAUAAAAAUAAGGGCCGCGGAGUAGCAUGGGUGAAGCCGGCGGAGCCGUCCUUUCUCAAGAAGUUUAAGAACGAUGUGGGAUACAAAGAGGGACCGAAUGUCGACACUAAGCGUCAGGUGAUGCCAACACUGGAUGACGACAGCGGCAGCGAUCGAGAGGACGAGUUGCCCCAGGUCGUGGUCCUUAAAAGUGGAGACCUGACUGCAGAGGAGGUGAAGAAGAUGAAAGAUGAAAUACAGGCUGGAGGCAGCUCAGAGAAAGAUGGUCAGCCUCCUGACGGUAAAAUCCUUUUCAAGAAACCAGCCAAGCGCUCUUCCUCAGAUAAAUUCCAGGGCAUCGGUGCUAGCUCCAGCAAAAAGAAGAAGAGCAGUGGAGGGGACAAGGAAAAGGAGGAAGAGGAGGAGGAGAAAAAGGAGGCAUCUGGAAAGAAAGUUAAAAAUAACAGCCUCCUGUCAUUUGGAGGGGAUGAGGAGGAGGAGGACUGAAUGGAAGUGGUGAGAGUAGGCUGUCAGGAAACAGGAACAUUGUACUGAGUAUAAGACAUGGUUCAACCUGUCCAUUCUUUUUAAAGGACAGUGCUACUGUUUUUGCAUGUCAUUCAUGACAUAUAGAUUCAUACAUUUUUAGUAAAGCAUAAAAAUCAGCUGGCACAAACUGAAUUUAUUCCGAGUCGUCUCCGUCUGACUACAGGGAUGAUUCUGAUUCAUUUAACAGUCUGAGCAGAAACAGUGAAGCUGAGGGGGAAAAUGAACCUGCAUCAGAGACGAUGAGGUUAUACUUCUGUUAGUGUAACUUUAUCCUGCAUCCAUGUCAGGGUCAGAAACUACACAAGGACAUUUAUACAGUACUGUGUUACUGAUAAGAGGGGAGUUGGUUCAGCUGCUGUGUGAAAGCCCACUCUGACAUGUUAGCAGGACGUUUCCCUGGUUACAGCUACCAGACUGUGUUGACUCAUGUCACUUUGUAGAACUUGGGGUUUGCUCUUUUCCAGCCCCGUGACUUUGUUUUAACAUUUUAGUUUGCAUGUUCUCGUGUGUGUUCUGUGAGGACAAAUAUGAACUGUUAAGGUGGUUUAGUUCUCAGGGGACUAAAGUCAUGGCUGUGGGACAAGAAUUCAUAUUUUCACACCUCAAAGUUUAUAAAUGUCUCAAACACAAGCAGAGAGAUGUAAACCAGCUUCUGCUUGAUUCUGGAGUUGAUGAGUGAAGACACAUCACCGUAUGGCUUUACCUCAGUGUAGCUCUUUCACACACCACAGGCAGGUAGCUGAAGCAGUGUCUCUGAACUGCACGGAUUCUGAAACCAGCUCAUCUACAUGUUUUCAGGUGUAAAUUUCUCCUGCGUUUGCGUCCAUAAAUAACCUGAACUGUGUGCUGUGCUAUAGAUCCAAUCACUAUUGUAUAGCUGUGGUCAUAGGACCAGGACUAAUUAGUGGAAAAUCAGUUGUACAGUGUGCCCCGCACCCCACCCUUCAAGCCCAGUGUAAAUAAUUGAAGCAGCAGCACGCAGAGAGCUUUUCUGUAUCAAAGAAUCAGUGCUAAUGAAUUCCAGCAGAUUCGGUUUUCCUGAAAUUUAUUUGAUGCAGCUUUCCUUAAUUCUUUUUUGUUAUACUUCUAAUCAAAGUCACAGCGGGAGCUGCUUGUGAAUUUUAAUUUAGAAAAACCAAUUAAUUCAGCUGCAGGAGCCGCUCGGCAGUGCUCUCCACAAAGCAAAUCCCAAAGAAAAAUAUAAGAUCAUCGGAAGCGGGUCUGCUCUCGCAUUUAAAACACUGAGAGCUGCAGGGAGCUAAAUUUGUCCAGCUUCAGUUUAGUGUACUGGUAGCAGUGGGGGUCUUUUUGUUUUUAAAAUAUUACAUGUAAUGCGUCCCUUCAUCAGACACAAACGAACAUCAGCAGCUGAUAAAUGGAUGUCAUUAAAUUCCAGGAGCAACUAGUUUAAUGGAAAUUAAAUUAAUUUUGUGUGAUUAUAAAUUAAAUUGUCCCCAUAUGACAGCAUUGAGAGUUCUUUCUUCAGGUUCCAAAGUGCUGCGGAUCACUGUCACACUCUGAAUCAGCCUGGAUCUUUGUUGCUGUGUUUGAAUCUUGUGUGUGCUGAGGUGUGUGCGUGUCUGGCAGCCGUACGCAGGGGCUCAUUGUAGAAUCUUAAAUACAGUCAGUCAUGCACUGAAUGUAUGAAUAUUUUCUAGCUUCGACUGCGGAGCUGAACAGUUCAUGUAGAAACGAUGCAUUUGUGUCAAUGCAGUUGUGAUGUAUCUUUUUUUUUUGGUGUGUGCAUCAGUUUUCAUUGUGUAUUUUUUGACAGUGCUACAACUCCUGUGAACUUUUGAUAUAAAAAUAUUAA